AUGACGCCGGCACCUCUUACCGGGCCGCUAUGCACCAGGCCAUCUCUUACUCAGGACCUCCAAAACCUCGGCCUGAAACAACAGGACACAGUUCUGGUCCACUGCUCCCUCAAAAGCAUAGGUUGGAUCAACGGCGGAGCUGAAGCUUUUACCCUAGCUCUUCUCGACAUCCUUACACCUAAAGGAACUCUUGUUGUUCCAACACACACCAGCAGCAACUCAGAUCCAUCGAAUUGGGUAAAUCCACCCGUCCCUGCAGAAUGGUGGCAGACUAUCCGCGAUACCAGGCCUGCAUUCGACACUAUAACAACUCGAAGCGAACACAUGGGUGCAUUGGCCGAGACAGUGAGAACAUGGCCAGGUACAGUAAGGAGUACACACCCUCACACUUCCUUUGCUGCAAUUGGUGCAAAGGCGGAGUUUAUCACAGCCGGACAUGAACUGGAUAGCAUGCUGGGAGAAAAGAGUCCCCUAGCUCGUCUGGAAGAGCUGAAUGCCAAGGUCCUACUUAUCGGCGUUGGAUUCGAUCGCUGUACUUGCUUUCAUCUUGCAGAGUACAGAGUCAACUCACCAAAGGCUGAUAUCUCAUUCGCAGUUUCAGUCAACGGAACUAGAGAAUGGGCGACUGUGUCAGACGUCAGUGUGAAUGAGGAAGACUUUUUGGAACUAGGAAAGGAGUUCGUCGAGCAAAAAAGUGUGACGAAGGGUCAAAUAGGUGCAGCAAACUGCCAUUUGUUUUCUCUACCUGAGGCUGUCAAAUUCGCUGAACAGUGGUUUCUUUCCCAUCGAAAAUCAACUACCUAG